AUGGGAAACAAUAUAUGUGGAUUGGAUGAAGAAAAGAAACAUGUUUUAUAGCCAGAAUCCAAAAUAAUCACAACCAGAACCAUCAAAUAAACUACCAUCUCAAUUAUCCAGGCGGACAUAGCUGAAGAUUUGUCAGAUGUUGUUGUGAAUGCAUCUCAUGAACCAGCAUGGUCUUAUAUAGCAAAGAGGGACAAGAACAACAAUGCUAAUGAACUCACACAAUAAACAAUAGUGAAAAUAGGGGAAUUGAUUAAAACUAAAAGUGAAAAUGUUAAUUCGCUGGAAAUCUAUCAUGUGCGUUUACCCUAUUACUAAGUAAGAUUAGGUCUUAAUUUCUCAAGGACACAAAAGAUCUACAAUAAAUAUUUUAGAGCUAUUUAUCAUGUUUGA